ACAGGCGACAGCGGCAGGACUGCCAGUCAGCUCACCAUGGGCUCCUCGACAAGUCGGCCGUUUUGCUGACAGCCGCUGAGAAGCAUCAGAGGGGCUACAACAUGAGGACUGAAGAAAAGCAAACAGAGCCUGGUGUCAGACAGCCAAAUUAGGAAGGAAGGAAGACCACCUGGACAUUGGCAAACCACAGGACCACCUCAGGAUAAGCAAAAAAAAAGGCCACCAAGAAGCAAUAAGUAGAAAAGCCUGGAGAUCCAACAUGCAGAGCAAAGAGGAAACUUGGUACGUGAUGGUGGAGCUGAUCAUUGGCCUGUUGGCAUGCUUGGGCAACACGGUGGUCAUCUGGGCGGUGAAGCUCAACCACAGACUCAGGGAGCCCACCUUCUAUUUCAUCGUCUCCCUGGCCGUGGCGGACAUAGCGGUGGGCGCAGUGGUCAUUCCUCUGGCGGUGGUGAUCAACUUUGGGCUUCAAACCCACUUUUAUAGCUGUCUCUUCCUUGUUUGCAUUCUGCUGGUGCUGACCCAGAGCUCCAUCAUGUCUCUGCUGGCCAUUGCGAUUGACCGCUAUCUGCGUGUCAAAAUAGCCAAGAGGUACAAGAGCAUCGCUACAAGACAGCGAGUCUGGAUCGCCAUUGGCCUGUGCUGGGCAAUUUCAGUGGUGCUGGGUUUUCUGCCCAUGUUUGGCUGGCACAGCAAGGAAGAGUUACAGGGCACAAACACUUCCUGCUUGGUCAAUUGUACGUUCUUGGCUGUGGUCAGCAUGUCCUACAUGGUCUACCUGAACUUUGCGUCAGUGCUCGCCCCUCUGCUCAUCAUGGUGGUUCUGUACCUGGAAAUAUUUUAUCGCAUCAAAAAACACCUGAAAGUCAGUGUUGCCAGUUCAGGAGAAUCCAAUAAGGAUUACCGAAAAGAGCAGAAGCUGGCCAAGUCCGUCACCUUGGUCCUCUUUAUGUUUGCUGGGUGUUGGCUUCCCCUGCACAUUGUAAACUGCAUCAUCUAUUACAACAAAAUCACCGAUGUGCCCAGAUAUAUCAUCCUCAUUGGCAUCUCCCUGACACACAGCAACUCGGCCAUCAACCCAUUCAUAUAUGCACUCAGAAUCGGCAAAAUCCAAGAGCCAUUAUUGUACAUCUGGAAAAAGUACUUUUUGUUCAAAGACAACUCCAGCCAGACGCCGGAAGAUAAAGAAGAAGUGGCCAGCAAGGCUGGUGCCAGUCAGACAGAGUGCCCCUUCGACGAGUCUGGUGACAGGCCCAAAACGGGCCCUGCGAUGACCUGCCACCCUGUCCCAAAGCUGGCUGCUCUCCUGCACUCGAUGCUGCCAAGAUAAACUCAGGCCCGCUGUCACCAUGAACUGGAUUCAGAAGGAAUGCUGAUGUUUUGAAGCUCCAUUACAAAGUGAACCAAGUGGAAGUCGGUGCAGAUUGUUGCAGAAUACUGUGUAUUCACCAUUAAAGUGCUGGACUGGCAAAGGUCUUCAGAUUAAAACUGCAAAAAUAUAAACUAAUAAAAUCAUACUAAACUGC